AGACAAACACAUCGAUACGAUAACCAAAGUAAACUACAUUCUCACCAACUGUCUGGUUCAGCACUACAUGGGGGCUCGGGUAAACUACUCGAUCGUUUCGACGUGGGGCUACUUCAACACUACCACCAAACGAUGGGACGGCAUGAUUGGCGAAUUAUCCCAGAACGUUGCUGACCUGGGGGCAUCACCGCUCUUCUUCACAACCGAUCGGAUUCCCGUUAUCGAGUACGUGGCCAUGACCUCGGCUACCCGAUCGAAGUUCAUCUUUCGCUCGCCGAAGCUGUCCUUCACGGAAAAUGUAUUUUUGCUACCGUUCGAUAAUCUUGUUUGGAUCUGCACAACCGCGGUAAUCAUCCUAACAUCUUGUUUGCUGGUGGUCACCGCUCGCGCUGAAUGGGACGUACCGCUCACAGUAGAUGACCCCACAGAUGGCAGCAUUUUGCGGGCUAGUUUCCGUGAUACGUUGCUCAUGAUCUACGGAGCCACGUGUCAGCAGGGUUCCUCCACAUUACCACGCAGCUAUUCGGCGAGAACGAUCACCAUGAUCAGCUUCACCGUUCUGAUGUUUCUGUACGUGUGCUACUCGGCUAAUAUCGUGGCUCUGCUGCAAAGUCCGUCCACUAAAAUUCGCAGCUUGGAGGAUCUGUUGGCGUCCAGGUUGAAGUUUGGAGCCCAUGAUACGGUGUUCAACCGCUAUUAUUUUACGCAUGCAGCGGAACCAACUCGUCGGGCGAUCUACGAGCGUAAGAUCAAACAACAGGACGGUUCGACAAAUUUUAUUGCUCUGGAACAGGGAAUAGAUCGAAUAAGAAAAGGUUUGUAUGCGUUUCAUGUGGAGCAAGGCGUUGGAUACAAGGUCAUGAGCGAAACCUAUCAGGAGGACGAAAAGUGCGGUAUUCAAGAAAUCCAGUAUCUGCAGGUUAUCGAUCCCUACUAUGCAAUACAGAAAAACUCUUCGUUCAAAGAGCACGUGAAAAUUGGUUUGUUUCGGCUCAAUGAACAUGGGAUUCAGCAUCGAGAGAACUCCAAUCUGUACACGAAAAAACCAAAAUGCACUGGCGGUGGAGGAAAGUUUGUUCCGGUCAGCUUGGUGGACACGGAACCGGCAAUUCUGGUAAUCGUUUGGGGUGCUGGCUUGGCUGCAGCGAUUUUCAUUAGCGAGUUAGUUUGGGUGAGAGGCGUGAGGACGUAUCAGGACUGGAGAGGGUCGCACGUUGUGAAAAUAGCGUCCACCGAGUACAUCGAUUGA